UUCGAAAUGGAGAGAGAAAGUUCUACUAUAAAAGGAAAAAUCUAAGCGCGAGGCGACGGGGUCAUUUAUAGCUUCGCUGCGGUUUUUCCUCCCCGCAAUUGCUUUCUACCUUUCUCUCUUUGUCCUGCUCUCUCUACCCCCUCUCGAGUGGACGCGAGGCGAUGCUCGCCCAGAAGCUGGCUACCCUUUCUCCCUCCCCCGACGACUUCUCGGCCGCAGAAGCGACUGCUGACACUCCUGUUGAUACUCCAUACGCCGGUGGUGGCGACGAGGUCAAAUCUAAGCCCCCACAGACUCCUUUGCCUGGAUCUCGCCAGAGCCAACGCGCCACAGAUUCGGAAGGUGAAGAUGGCAGGACCUCGUCGCAAAGCUGCGAUGAGAAGGAUGAGUAUGUCCUUGUUAAAUUAGAGGACGUAAGCAAAGAGGUGGAAUGCCCUUUAUGUUUUGAGAUUAUUCGGAAGACUAGAGCAUUUAUGGAGUGCCUACAUCGCUUUUGCAAAGAAUGUAUUGACAAAGCUAUGCGACUUGGGAACAAGGAAUGUCCAGUUUGUCGCACUCGCUGUGCAACUAGGCGUUCAUUAAGAGAUGAUCCCAACUUUGAUGCCUUGAUUGCGGCUUUAUUCCCGGAUAUAGAAAAGCAUGAGGAGAUUCAAGCUUCCAUGAUUAAGACAUUUCUACAACAGUCAGGAGCACUUGGCCAAAGAAGCUCAACACCUAAAGUUACUGCUGUUGCUCGUACGAAAAGAUCUCAAGGCGGUUACCAGCCUGGAAAAAAUAGUUACUAUCCCAGACGAAGUAGAUCUGCUGCUCGUAAUGUUUCACCUAUACUUUCUGAUUAUGAUGAAGAUGCUGAGGGCAAUGAUGCCAUUAAACUCUCCUCCUCUUCAGAGGAGCUUUAUACUGAUAGAAUACACAAGAGAAGGCGAAUGAUAGUUCCUGGAUCUUCCACAGCUAGAUUAGAUCUUGGAUCUACAGAGAUGAUCCACACUUCCCCUUUGCCAGCGGGGAGCAAAGAACUUUCAUGGGGUAAAGGUGGUGUUCGUAGCCAAACUCGGCAUGGUAGCGGUAAUGGUUCUAAUGGAAGAUUUGCAAGGGCUCCAAGAUUAGCCAGGUUGAUAGAAUACCUGCAUAAUUUAGAUGACAAUGAAGAUAAGAUUCCUUCUCAGGUUGACGUACAUCUGAAGCUGCUUCCUUUGAACGAACAGAACAUGCCAUUAAAAAAUCCUUAUCUUUACUGCCCAUCAACCUUACAAAUUAGACACAUACGACAAUUUAUUGCUAUUCAAACAUCAGAACAGGUUGAAGGGAUUGACGUGUUUGUGAGAAACCCUCAAAGUCUUACCUUUCAGCCGUCCAAACAAGUUGAGAAGGUCCCAUUUGAUGCCUUUGAGGAAAUGCAGAUAUUGGGGGAAGAAGAAUCUCUUGCUGGAUUGCUGACUUCUUUCACAUCUAGCCAAGGUGAUCUGGAACUAAUUUACCGUAUCCAUGUCAGAAAAGACAUGUAGGUAACUACCAGUUAUUUCUAGCUCGAUCUUACCAUGGUGAGAUAGUUGCAGGAGGUUUUAUAUUCGAAGCUAGUGUGUGAAUUUGUCUUAAUUGAUUUAAAUGCCUAAAAAAAAAGUCGUAGCAUAGAGUUGAUUGCAAUAUAUUAUAUACAUUGGUGUAUAUAAAAGAAAAAUAUAUAUAGAAAGGUGAGAUAUUAUUACGUGUGGAGUCCGGACACAGAGAAAUGUUUGUCUUUGUGACAACGAAUAGUAAAAGCACAGUAGUGAAUAAUAAAAGCGCAAUGGUGUGUGUCUGGACUCCACAUGUAAUAAUCUCUCUAGAAAGGCCAUUUGUACUCGUUGAAUUUUAUAUAUGACAUCAUAAAUUGCGUUUGUAAUCUUUGCAAGAUGAUCAGAGGACCUCAGGAUUCUGACAUUCCGUAUGCAAUAGAGAUUCCAAACAUGUAAGCAUUUCACGUAUAAAUCCCUUCCCUUUCUCGAACAA